AUGCGUUACUCAAUCCUCUUCCCAAUUGCCAUCUUUGCUGGCUCCCAGCUUGCAAGUGCCGCCGCUCAAGCCGACGGAGACUUCACUACGCCAGGAUCUAACGUUAUGCAACUCACAGCUACUACUCUUGAGACACAGACUAGCACAGGAGCUUACUCACCUGCCGGCACUCCCUAUAAGCAUGCUGAGGAAGAAGAGCACCACCACCACAAACACCACGGCCAUCAUAAUGGCACUGAGACGGGUCCGGAACGCUACAAGAUUGGAAUCCCGAUUCAGGCGAGACAGGUUGACUCUGAAUAUGCGACUGGGGAUGCGGCAGCUGGGACUGCAGCGGUUGAGACUGCAGCGGCUGGGACUGCGGCGGCGGGGACUGCGGCGGCUGGGGCUGCGGCGACUGGGACUCCAGCAGCUUGGAAUGCAGCGGCUGGGACUGCAGCGGCUGGAAUUGAACCAACAGAAACCGCUCCAGGAGCAGCAGCAGAGACUGGGCUAGGAACACCAGCAGAGACCGCAACGGGAUCGUGGACUGUUCCAGGGGAAACUAUGUCAACAGGAACCGUCUCAUCAGCAGGAACUUUCCCAACAGACCCUACCGCGCCUCCCACAACGCCAGGAGAAAUGCCCGAGGAGCACCACCACCACCACCACAACGGCACUCGCCACCCCGGAAACGAGUACGACAACGAGAACAAGCACUGGCAUGACGGCCACUUCAACGGCACCGAGCACCGACACCACCCAGAACACCACAGGGGCCACUUUAACGGCACUGAGCAUCGUCACAAGGAACACGAAGGCCACCGCAACGGCACCGAACACCACCACUUCAAGCCUACCUACACUACCCCGAUCCCCUUCGAGAGCGGCGAGACCCCCGUGCCUGAUGCUGCUGCUGCUGCAUACUCCUCUCCCGCCGCCGCAUACUCUUCCCCCGCCGCCGCAUACUCCUCUCCCGCUGCCUACGCUACCGGUGCAUACGCCACCGCCGCCGCCGCCGCCUCCUCCUCGCUCCCCACCGAUCCCGCCUCCGUAGCUCAGCGCCGCAACGCCGAGAUGCUCGAGGAUCUCUACUCUAACGACGCCUAGAUCAAUCAAACUUUGGGAUACAUAAGGUACCUAUUUACGUGAGUUGGGCUCUCUCCCUCCCUUCCUCUCCGUCUUUCCCUCUCUCUGUGUCUAUAGAUGUUUGUGUGCAUGGGGGAAGGGAGGGGGGCGUUAUAUGAAGAUAUCACAGCCGAUGAGCAUAGCUUGUCAAGGCGUCUUCCGGAUUCCGGGUUUGGGAUUUGUGAUAAGCAAGCCAAGUGGGAAUUGGAAUUGGAAUUUACACUUUGAUUUUUUGGGGUUUUUGGGAUUCUUCCUGGGUUUGAAAAAGGGGGGAGUCAGGAGUCUAUAAUCAAUUAGAGAUAGGCAAGUUUGGAAUGCGAAUUGAACAG